CUUCCUUAUCACCUGAGAGGACUUCCUUUCAGCAAGAUCCGAACGGAUCCCUCACUCCAUACGGAUCCCUGACUCGAAAGGGCCAUCUUUGCUUCAUCUGGUCAUCCACCCUUCUGACUUUCGUGACAGCUUCACUUGUCUUUGCUCAUUGACGAGCUCUCCCACCGUGGUUGCUGAAGGCGGAGCACUGUCGUGCUCGUUCACUCCCCUUUGCGAUGAACGGUCUCGUCGAACCGUCUCUUCGGGUUCGCUUCGCUGAAGAUGGCGAGGGAGAUGAGCCUAUCGUGGUGCAGGAGAGCGUGGCACAACAAUUCGGCUACUUCAAAAAGGUUUCGAAGGCAGCAGAGACACAAGCAAGAUGAAAGAGUGACGAAUGAUUCAUUGCUCGUGGCUCUGCUUGUGUUGUGUUUGGUCGAUCAGGUGUUGGAUCAUGGCGAGUUCCAGGAGGCCCAGCAGCGAGAGGUCUGCAUCAAGGAGGUCAGUCGAGCCGUCGGUGUGGUGGUGCUCCAGCCCGAGCUUGACAUAGUGGAUUCGCUGACCAAGGACAACCUGCUGGACGCGAUGAUCGCACUCGACUACCUCCAAUUCGCUAUCCACGAGAUCUUCACGAAGAACAGCACACAGGGCCUGCUGUGGCUUGUGCAACGAAAGGUCCGUCAGAGGUUGCUGGGGCGCCCAAAACGAAGGACACAUGUACAGCCCAUUUGGCGCCUUGUAUUGUUGAUGUGUGUGUCAGGUUGUUGUCGAGGGCUGGCUCGCUGAUCAGCAUCUGGCCGCCGCCAUUCUCGACAGCUUCGGCCGCUACGCUUGCGUCGCGUGCUUCAUCCACCAGCACAAAGACGUGCGCAGGUGCCUGUCGCCGUAUGUGGUCAAAAAGCCGUCCGUUAUCCGUGAGCAGUGGCGUCGGUGUGUUCGAGGGGAGGAGGCAGAUGACGCUGCUAAGGCGGCCGUGAUGCUGAUGCACAACAUGGGAGUCGGGCUGUCGUACAAGGAUAUGGCCCUGUCUCCCCAGGAGCUCGGCGAGUUCCUGAUCGCUGCUACGGGCUCGUCAUCGCUUGCUGCUGCUCAGGGUGAGAUGAAGAUCAGCACUUGCCAACACUCCUCAUGCAUCAUUAUCCGCUGUGUCCUUUCUUUUCAACGAUUAGCGGCUGUCUUCGAGAAGACCAUCUUCACUUUUUCAAGUGUCGCGACGGUUUCUCCCUUCGCCAACAGCCAGCAGGAGUCCGUCACGUGCCUCGGCUUAUCCAUCAAAUGCCUCGGCCUGCCCCAUCCUUCAUCUGAGACUCAGGAAUCGCCCACUACCUCACAGACCAACCUGCUACCGCCUUUCAGCGCCAUCCACGAUGGCAACGUCAAACUGGUGGAUGUCGCGGCAUGAAAUGUGAGCUUCUGGAGGCCAAGUGGCGGCGAGGGACAGUUCAAUGUGUCGUGCUAUAGCCCCACGGUGGAGCUAAGGAUCCCUUCGUCCAGUGAUAGCAAUACGCAACAGGCGGCGAGCGUCGACGGGG